AUGUUGCACAGUCACACCACUCCGCCCGCCUUCCUCUCCCUCACUCAUCUCUAUCCCUCCACCCCAACGGUGGACCACACAAAACCCCUCGCCUUCGGCUUCUCCCCGUCUCCCCAUCACUUCCCUUCCCUCCCACCAGUUCUGCACGGGGGACCAGGGGCGGGGUGUUGGCCCAACCACGCGCGCUUCUUCGACCCGGCAGCGUACCGCAUCGUGCUGUGCGACCAGCGCGGGGCAGGCAAAUCCACUCCUGCGGGAUGCGUGGUGGACAACCGCACAGAGCUGCUGGUGGGGGACAUGGAGGCAGUCAGAGAGCACCUCAAGGUGGGCGGUGGUGCUGGGCGGCAGCUGGGGCACAACACUAGCGCUGGCAUACGCACAGGCGCACCCGGGGAGAGUGGCAGGCAUGGUGCUGCGGGGGGUGUGCCUGCUGCGGCGCCGAGAAAUCGACUGGGCGGGGCAGAGGCACUCUUCCCAUUCGCGUGGCGGGACCUCAUGGCCGCCCUGCCUGCCCCUGCUCCCACACACACGGAAGGCGACGCGGAUGAUGGCAGUGGGGUUGGAGAUGGGAAUGGAACCGGGGAUCGGAGUGUGGUGGGUGCAUUCUACGAGAGGCUUAUGAGCACCGAUCCAGCUGCGAGAGACAGUGCUGUGAGUCAUGGCAGGGCUAACACACCUCACAUCAUGGCAGGGCUAACACACCUCACAUCAUGGCAGGGCUAA